UUUGAGCUUUCUCCUAUCGUAUUUUUUUAUAAACAGCCGAGUCUUAUCUAAUCAAUUUAAUUGUUAAAAACAAUCUUAUGAAAUAAUAUACUCGUAUAGAGUAAUUCCAUUAUUCCACCUCGAGGUAAAGGAGGCAGUAACAGGCAGUAAUCAAUGAACCGUCAAUGAAAUAGUAUAUCAAAUUGUUCAAUGCAUAUACUGCAGCAUAAUUUAGGAAAAUUAUACAAUUGGGAAUGAAAAAAAAUCUAUUAUCGAACAUCUGUUGUCUUCUAAUGCAGAACGUUCCUGAGCGCUGUGCUAUAGGGUGUUUCGUUUUUCGGCAUUCUAUUCUAUAUAGUACUAUUACACAGUACGUGUGAAUUAUAACACCAUUAUACGUGAAAUCUGUAAUUUAUAGCAUGAUAUUGUGAUUUUUGUUAAUAAUUGAAUUUUCAAGUUCAAUGUUCGUUUCAAAAUGUGAUAAGAAAAUAAACGUUUAUUAUAAGUGUAUUGAGUUGUGUAUAAAUAUAUAGUUCGUAAAAUAUAACCUAUAAAAUUUAUUUUUAGCAAUAUGCCGAAUUUAAGGAAACGUAAAAUUGAUUAUGCGAAAAAUAGGAAAACUUAUGGUUCUUCAAAGGUAAAAUCAGGGAAAAUUCAAAAAUAUAGUUCAUGUUCAGAAUUUGAAUCAGAUAAUGAAACUUCUACAAAUAAAAUUAAUCAGAAAAAACAAAUAAUAGAAUCGAAGAGUUUGAUGAAAAAACAUCUGAUAACAAGAACAAGCAGCACAGACAAGUCCGUGAUUGGGCAAAAUAAUUUAAAAGCUGGAGAAGGUACUGAACAGUUGAAAGGAAAUGGUGACAAAAGUUCAAAUUCUGUUGAUUCAAAUGAAUCACCAUUGAUGAUAGACGAUAAUUUAGAUGAUGACUUGACAGGGCUACAAAAAUACAUGAAUGAAAGUUUAAAUAAUGAUAACUCAAGCCUUUCAAAUUCAAAAUCUAACAUUCCUGAUAUCAAAUCAAAUUCCGAAGAUAUAUCACCAGAGAAAAAUAAUGUGAAGCCAAAAAUUAAUAAAAAAAAAUUUAAAGUUGUUUGUGUAAAAUCAAAAUAUAGAAAUGCAGUAAAACUCAUGAAAAUUGAAAUUCAUGAAUCAGAUUCUGAUGUAGAAGAAACACAAGAUGUAAAAAAAGCUAAUCUUAAUAAGGAUAUAACUAAAGGAGAUAUUAACAAAGAAUUAAAGACUGUCUCUUCCAAUUCUGAAUCUGAUUGUCAAGAGAAACGAAGUACAAAGAUAAGCGAUUUUAAGAAGAGUUUAACACAAGAAACUAUAAAAACAGACAAUCAUGAUAAAAAAAAACUCAAAAUUACAAAUCCUAUAGUUAAAAACAAAAAAAACAAAAGUGUCUACAAGGAAAAGCACCUCAGAACGUGCAGAAAAAUUACUUCGUCGCUUUCUGAAUCGAAUCACGAAGCGGAAAAUGUAAGUUCUGAUGAUAUGGCUGAGGAAGAAGAUUUAAAUGAAAUGAGCCAGAAUUGUAGUUAUUCGAAGUAUAAACCAACUGAAGAAGAAAGAUUGAAAUUAGCUAAUAUGUUAGUUGUAGCAAGAUAUCCCAUACUUUCUCAACAUAAAAUCGAGAGUACCGCUGGUACUCGCACCAUGUCCGACAAUGAAAGAGAAGAGUUUGAAGAGUAUAUACCAUUGAAACAUGGUAAAUUCAGUCACGAAGAAGAUAAAAAAAUUAAAAGAAACUGGAAAAUAUUUUGUCAGGAUAAUGAUUGGGAUUCAAAAAAUCCAAGGCCUUUCCUCUUUAUGAAGCAUAAAAGCAAAAUCUUUUACUUGAAUCAAUACAACAGAAGAAAAUUUAUACAAUGCUUAGCUCAUGGUCUUCCUGAUAGAUGUCUAUACAGUGUUUUUCAGAGAUUUAAAAUCUUGUUUGAACCACAUAAAACGUGCAGGUACGAAUCAGAUGAAGAUAGAACAAUUAUGGAAUACGUCGAAGAUUACGAGAAAAAGAAGGCAGAAAACAAAAAAAAUGAUAUAAAUGAACAAGACCGUAAGUUUGCCGAGUUAGCGAUAAUGCUGAGGAGAACACGAGCAUCAGUGUGGCGAAGGUACCGUGUUCUACGGAAAAAGGCUAUUCUAGAAAGGAAAGGCGAUUUUUGCCACAGCAGCAAGUAACCGAGAGACGAAUUGUCAUUAUUCUUAAAUAUUAGCUUCUAAAAUUUGUUACAAUAAAAAAGUAUAACUAUUUUAA